GGCCUUUGCGCUUCGGCGAAGAAAGAUAAAGUGACCGCCCCAUUCUUCUCUGGUUCUGGUAUAAAUGGCGACCUCUGGAAAGACCCAGGUAGAGUAUAGGUCGUCAUGUAUAGCCGGCGUGGUCUUGCUCCUCAAGAAACCAGUGGUGCUGUUAGAGCAACCAACGUGACGUUCAAGGCAGGUCAUGUGACCAGGAAGAAGAGAGGAGAGGUGAUUGGUCAGAGAGGAGGUUUCCGUGGCUGCUGUGUCUGGUUCACGGGUCUGUCAGGAGCCGGGAAGACAACGCUGUCAUUUGCACUGGAGGACUACCUGUGUGCUCGCGGGAUACCUUCUUAUGGUCUGGAUGGAGACAACAUCCGUACCGGUCUGAACAAGAACCUCAGUUUCAGCCCAGAGGACCGAGAGGAGAACAUCAGACGAAUAUCAGAGGUCGCCAAACUCUUUGCAGAUGCCGGGAUCGUCGUCCUCUCUUCCUUCAUCUCCCCCUAUCGCAGGGACAGGGAGAAGGCCAGGGAGCUACACCAGGGCAGCAACCUGCCGUUCUUUGAGGUGUUUGUCGACACACCACUGGAGGUGUGUGAGGAGAGGGACGCGAAGGGUCUCUACAAGAAGGCCAGGGCUGGCAUCAUCAGGGGAUUCACAGGUAUAGACAGUGCCUACGAGGCUCCCCUGAACCCUGACCUCGUCCUGAAGGCGGGAGAGAGCAGUGUCCAGGAAUGCGUGGAGAAAGUCGUGACCUUGCUGGCAGAUAAGGGAAUAAUCUCGGCAGUAGGUGACAGUGGUGUUCUGGACCUGUUUGUCCCUCCCGACCAGCUGGCCGCAGUUAGGGAGGAGGCGAGCGGACUCCCGCAGCUCUCUCUCACAAAACUGGACACCCAGUGGCUCCAGGUGCUCAGUGAGGGGUGGGCCUCUCCUCUGACGGGGUUCAUGAGGGAGAAGGAGCUGCUGCAGUGUCUGCACUUUGCCACGCUGCUGGAUGACGGAGUGGUGAAUCAGAGUGUGCCCAUCGUCCUCCCGCUCUCCACCGAGGACAAACUGAGACUGGAGGGGGAGAACUCCAUCGCACUCACCUACCUCGGGAAGACACUGGCGGUGCUGAGAAACCCAGAGUUCUAUCCUCAUCGUAAGGAGGAGAGGUGCUCUCGACAGUGGGGACUCUACAAUACUGGACACCCUCACCAGAAGUUGGUGGAGGAGUCAGGGGACUGGCUGGUCGGAGGAGAUAUUGAGGCUCUGGAGAGGAUCAGGUGGAACGACGGGUUGGACCCCUACCGUCUCACUCCUAACGAACUCAGGGCGGAGUUUCGUCGCCGUGGUGCUGAUGCAGUGUUUGCGUUCCAGUUGAGAAACCCCAUCCACAAUGGCCACGCCCUCCUUAUGAAGGACACGAGGGACAUGAUUCUAAGUCGAGGCUUCAGGAACCCAGUUCUCCUCCUACACCCUCUGGGAGGGUGGACCAAGGCUGACGACGUCCCUCUCAAGGUCCGUAUCAGGCAGCACCAUGCAGUAUUGGACGAGGGAGUCCUGGACAAGGAGACCACUGUCCUCGCUAUAUUCCCAUCUCCCAUGAUGUACGCUGGACCCACUGAGGUCCAGUGGCACUGCAAGGCAAGGAUGAAUGCUGGAGCCAAUUUCUACAUUAUGGGGAGAGACCCUGCUGGAAUGCCUCAUCCUGAUACCAAGACUGACCUCUAUGACCCGACACACGGCAAGAAGGUACUGAUGAUGGCCCCAGGUCUGACAAGACUGGAGGUGGUACCAUUCAAAGUGGCCGCCUACAACAAGAAACUGGGACAGAUGGACUUCUACGACCCUUCACAGCACGAGGACUUUGAGUUUAUAUCAGGUACCAAGAUGAGGAGUCUGGCUAGAGAAGGCAAGACUCCUCCCGAUGGGUUCAUGGCUUCCCAGGGCCUGGCAGGUACUUUCUGAAUUCUACCAAAAAGUCGGAAAAGAAGCUGAGAUUUAAGACACAGAUGAACCGUGACAUACCAAUAAUAAUUUAUUAUGCAACUCAUAUUGGUGAGAAUGCAAGCAAGUUUUGUAAAGUGCGAUAUUUGAGCCACUGCGCUGACUUGGGUGACGUUUGUAGUAUUAUGGCAGAGCUGUCAGUUA